AAAUGGCGUCACACAAUGGGUUAUGUGUACGUGUCUAGAUCAGUCAAUUCUCCUGCAAAGUAAAUAGUGUCUCGUAUGCUCUCAACGGAGUGCUAACAUCCCUUAAAAAACCCGUACCCCACUCGGUCCACCGUCAAAAUCUACCGUUGCUAUCCCCUUGUGAUAUCAUUGUUGAUUCUCAAAUAAAAAUAUUGCAAAAUGGGCGAUCCGAAGCCUCAGCACGGCGCCCAGGAAAUGAAGGGUUGGCUCUUCAAAUGGACUAAUUACCUAAAAGGUUACCAGCGACGAUGGUUCGUCCUGUCAAGUGGCCUCCUCUCAUACUACAGGGCUGAGCCAACGGGGGGGCCAAAGUUAUCGACGCGACGCAAGCGGAGGGCUGCCAGAGCCUCCGAGAAUCCAGCUGAAAUGGCCCACACAUGCAGAGGUGCUAUUUCACUGAAUGGUGCCUUAAUUCACACCGUCGACGCAUGUACUUUCGUCGUCAGCAAUGGUGGUACACAGACAUUUCACAUCAAGGCUGCUACGGAGGUUGAACGCCAGCAGUGGGUCACUGCACUAGAGUUGGCUAAGGCUAAGGCGAUACAAGCGAUGGAGUCAGAAGAAGACGAGGAGGAGUAUCAGGACAACGAUAAUCAGAAGGGUGAGCAUGCCUCAAUCACCAAGGACCUCACCGAAAGACUCGAGGACCUGCAGACAUGUUACGACUUGAUAUCAAAACGUGGAACCAUGUUAACACGAUCACUCAUGGACCUGGAGUCUCUUGAACCUAAUAAUCCGGAAGCAAUGACGACUAAAAUUAAAACUGUCAGCGAAAGAGCAACACUCUUUCGUAUUGCUGCUAAUGCUAUGAUCAAUAGGAGCAAUGAUUUUCUCCAACUCGCCCAGCAACAAGAGCCCAAAUGGGAGAAGCUACUCCAACACGAAAGAGACCAGAAAGUGAGAAUAGAGAAAAUGGUAGAGCAAUUGGCUCGACAGCACUCACACCUAGAAGAAGCUGCCCAACAUGCCCUUCCAGCUGCCCUCACAUCGACUGGGCAUCGAUCCUCACACGGUGUUACGAGCAAUCCACAGUCUGAGGAUGAGGAGAACGUUGAAUUUUACGAUGCCCAGGAGUCAGACACUUUUACAUUGAAUCUAACAAGCAGCACAACGGGCAACUCGAUGUCAAGAACGAGAAAUAGAAACGAUUCACAGGGUAGUGAUGAUGGAUCGAGCUCAGAGGGUGAUCCCGCACCAAUGUCAACGAACGAUACGUCUGAUUCAUUCCUUAUUGUGACUGACUCAACUGCCGUCACACAAACAUCGACAAAUAGAGAAGUGGAUAAUGUGAAUAAUGGCGGUACUAGUACUGGUGUAAACUCAGGAAAACGCAAGCGUCGAACCCGAGUGCCAGACAAGCCCAACUAUCCCCUGAAUCUAUGGAGUAUAAUGAAAAAUUGCAUUGGCAAGGAAUUAUCAAAAAUUCCGAUGCCAGUAAACUUCUCCGAGCCAUUGAGUAUGCUCCAGCGUCUCACCGAGGACUACGAGUACGCACAUAUUCUGGACAAGGCUGAACAAUGCACAGACAGCUGUGAACAAAUGGCAUACAUUGCUGCAUUCACAGUAUCAACUUAUUCAACAACAGCAUCGAGAACUGGAAAACCAUUUAAUCCACUGUUGGGGGAGACUUACGAGUGCGAUAGGAUGGACGAUUUGGGGUGGAAGGCCAUUUCUGAACAGGUAUCACAUCAUCCACCCAUGCUGGCACAGUUCUGCGAGGGAAAAACGUGGAGGUGCUGGCAAGAGUUUACUAUGGCUUCCAAAUUUCGUGGAAAGUAUCUUCAGGUGGUUCCUCUGGGUACAGUACAUUUAGAGUUCAACACUAACAAAAAUCAUUACACAUGGCGUAAAGUAACGACGACAGUGCACAAUAUAAUAGUAGGAAAAUUAUGGGUCGAUCAGAGUGGUGAUACGGACAUAAUAAAUCACAGUGAUGGUACGAAGUGUCAUCUGAAGUACAUUCCAUACUCUUAUUUCUCACGUGACAGCCAACGUAAGGUCAAGGGUGUCGUUAUGAAUGCCAAUAAAGAGGUCAAGUGGGUUGUACAGGGUACAUGGGACUCAAAGAUUGAAAUAGCACCUGUUAUUAGUACUUCUGGCAGUCCAGACAAUCCAGUAUAUAAAACCGGGCCUUAUACUCUUGCUUGGAAACGUCGAAUGCCACCAGAGGAUUCUGAUAAAUCCUACAACUUCACCGAGCUGGCGUCGCAGUUGAAUGAAUAUGAGGAGGGAGUGGCGCCGACUGACUCGAGAUUGAGACCCGACCAGAGGUUAAUGGAAAACGGCCAUUGGGAUCAGGCUAAUGCUGUGAAAUUACAACUUGAGGAGAAGCAGAGGAUUGUGAGGCGAGCGAGAGAAGCUGAAGCUGAAAACUCAGCUGCUGAAGGAAAGCCCUACACACCCUAUGCAGCAGUCUGGUUUAAGAAAGAACAAGACCAGUACACCGAUAGUGUUUGUCACAAUUACAACGGUAAAUACUGGGAUUGCAAGAGUAGAGCCGACUGGAGCAGAUGUCCCCAGAUAUUCUAGUCCUAAUACCCUUCUGAUUUCACUCUCUACAAAGUAACGAGCGUCACGAAAUUACAAAAUCAUAUUUUUUCCUUCAAAUCGUUGACACGUUUUCAUUUUUCAAUGGAUUCCAUAUUUUAUUCAGACAUAAAUUGAGGACAGUUAAUCUCAGUCCAGCGAAUCAAGUAUUUCAAUCCGUAGCGAAGUGGUAAAAAAAUAAUACGUGGAUUUUUGCGUUGUUAUGGAAUGUGCAAUCAUGUCGAUUAUGCGUAGCUUAACAAUUAUAUAAUAUCUUCGUAUUUUCUUCUGAAAUAACUCAUUGUUGAGAUUAUUCGACAUUUAUAGAAUGUGAAAAUUUAGUGGUUGUGGGGGGACGAAUUUGGUUUUAAGGGAAAAAUUAAGAAACUUUUAGUGUUGAUAAUAUUUCCGUUAAAAAAAGGUGUAAACUUUUAUCACCAAAAUCACUUCUUAAGACGAUCCAAUAUUCAACAAGAGUUAAAAAUUUUCAAGUUCGAUUUAAGUCAAUUGAAAUCUUUGUUAAUAGCUAAUUUAUAUCGACAAUGAGUGAAUCUACGUAGAAAAUUUUUUUUGUGAUGAAAUAAAAAAAAAUUCUUAUUGUGUGCUGAAACUAUUUUUCAUCGUGAUGAUUGGUUAUUCAACAGAACAGGAAUUUUAUGGUUAGACAAAUUUCGGAUUCGUGAAGAAGCAGAAAAAGGAUUUAAGUAGAUCUGACCUUUUCAGCGGUUUUCAUUGAAUUUACUGGAAUCUAAGGGAAUUGACACCAUUUUUAUAUGAUCUUUUUUAUUCAAUGAAG